UCACCUGCCAGGAAAGAGAGGAGUCUGUGGGAUGGCAGCAAAGCUGGUGCUUCCAUACCUCCCUGUGUGCUGCCCGCCAUCCCGAAUAUUCCCUGAGAACACAAAGGGACCAGCCAUGARGAAAACACACACAACUGUCAGGCUUCCCCUGCUGAUUUAAGAUCAGUUUGUUAAUUACAGUGUUCUGAUAAUUUCCGAUACUCUCCCAUCACCACUCCUCUCUGAGCUCCCCCUGCCCAGUUUGGCACUGCCUGAUGUUUAAUAUUAAGGGCAGUGAAGUGCUCAUACUCACAGACCUCAAUUCUAAUGCACGUUGUGAUGCCCAGCACGCUUAAACCUCUUGGCUGCUUUCCCUUGGGCAAGCCCCCAGCAGGUCAGAGUCCUGCCCUGAGCCCUGACUGAAGCAUCUUGUGGAGCUGAGAGGCCCCGAGAGGCAGCAGCUCUGCCUGUGCUUGGCUCCAUGGCAUGGGUGACAGCCAGGCCUGCCAGGAGCCCUCUGGCCCAGUCCAUGCCAUUGCUGCUCUUGGGGAAGGAAUAACAGCCCAGCUGCUGCCUUGGCAGAAGACAAUGCAUCUUUUUACUCAUUAACCCUGCAAGGACAGGCGAAGGGCUGUGAGCAGGUUAUUAAGUAAUCCCACACGGUUUCCAAGUGUCAAGCUGCCAAAGUCCAUUCAUGCUGCUCUUGCUGAGCCGGGAUCUUUGGUCAUGCUCUAGGUUAUGCCACCCCUCACUGGCAGGGUGGGAAUCCUUACUACCAGAAGGCUUGGGCUGGACAAAGGGCUGUGAGAGGAAGUGCUCUGGYUCUGAGCAGCAUGCUUGGGUCCUGCAUGUCUCCCCAGCACAGAAUACAGCAGCACUCACUCUCACUGCUUUUGGCACAGUGGAAGUAGAGCUCCCAUUCCCAGUCAGGAUGAGACCAUCCCCGUGUCCCCUCUCAUGAUGGACACCAGUCCAGCCUCAGCAAAUCUCAGCCCUAAAGCUCCAUCCCCACCUAUUUCUGCACCCCCUGUAUCCCGACUCCAUCACCUCCCACAUCCCCAGAGGCUCCCGGGGAUGCGCCCCCUCUGCCGUGACCCGGGCAGCGGGGACCGGCGUUGCCUGCCCGCUCUCACCCGCAGGGGAUCCCGAUCCCGAUCCCGAUCCCGGUCCCGCACGAUCCUUACCUGAUCCUGAUUCCGCUACCGCGCGGGAACCCGCGCGCUACCAUAGACCGUGCUGGCCCCGCCCCUCGGCAGCGGGACCAAUCAGCGCCGCGCUCCGCCCCGGCUCCGGCGGCGGGGAAUACGCUCGGGAAGCGCCUGGACCAAUCAGCGCCGCGCUCUGCCCCCUCCCCGCCUCCCAUUGGCCCGCGCCGGGGCGGGGCUGGCGGCGCGGUCCGCACGUGGCGGCCGGAGCGCGGGUGACCUUGGCCGGGCCGGGAGGGGCGGGGGGCCCGGGCUGUCACCCCUGUGUCGCCAUCCCUCCUCUGCUGUCACUCACAGCUCCAGCCCUGCCUGCCGUGCACCCCCAGGUGUCUGUCCCCAGCCCUGGGAUGUUCCCAGUGUCCCGCGACUUUCCCCGUGACCCAAAGGAUGGGACUCCCCCACACCCUGUACCGGGCAGGGAGCACUUCCAGGCACCCCCAAGAUCUCCCAGCCAAGACCGUGUCUCCAGGAAAGCUGGAGUGCCAGGCCGUGGCACAGGUUGGGCACGGUGCUGCUGUUGUGGGGUGCAGAGAUGGCCCUGUCCCCUUCACAGGGGUGCCUGGAGGGAUUUCCAGGUGCUCGGGAGGAAGAGCUGCCUUGGGAUGAGUGGUGCAGGCAGGAGAGGGGCCGUGUUUUCUUCAUUCUUCAAGUCUGAGUUAGUGGGUGGGCUUGACCAACUGGCGUGAGGGAACCCUUCGGGGCUUCAGGGGUUAAAUCGACACACUACAAAUUGAGGAAGGAGAUCAGGGAAUAAGUGAUCCUACUGAAUUUCUCGUGAUCCCAAGCCAUGGGAAAAUGAGGCGAGGCACUAUGAGUCACCCUGGAGAGGGCCAGCAGAAGGGGAGUCAGCCAGGAGGCGAGACCACCUGCUGUGGGCAGAGCAGCCAAGGAGCACCACGCUCUUGGCUUGCUAGUAAUGGAUAGCACUUCUUCCCCUUCCCCCUUCUCUGCCAGCUGCCCCACGGAGCAGCCUGAGAACGCCACUGACCAUGASUACUACUCUGGCCUCCAGAAGACCAUGCACAUCCUGUCCAUGGUAGUGUACAGCAUCGCCUGUUUGCUGGGGGUGACAGGGAACGGCCUCGUCAUCUGGAUAGCAGGCUUCAAGAUGAAGAAAACUGUGAAUUCYGUAUGGUUCCUCAACCUGGCCAUUGCUGACUUCAUCUUUACCUUUUUCCUGCCCCUCAGCAUUGUCUACACCGCUCUGGGCUUUCACUGGCCAUUUGGGAAGCUCCUGUGCAAGCUGAACAGCACCAUCGCUUUCCUCAACAUGUUUGCCAGUGUGUUCCUCCUGACGGUCAUCAGCAUCGACCGCUGYGUUUCCGUGGCCUUUCCUGUCUGGUCUCACAACCACAGAAGCCCAGAGCUGGCGGCCAGGAUCGCACUGGGGACGUGGGUCCUGGCUCUCCUGCUCAGCUCCCCAUACCUCAUCUUUCGGGACACUGUGGUCAAUUCCAGGAAUGUCACCAGCUGUUACAAUAAUUUUGCACUGUCCGAUGACUACACAUCCGAGGCAACGCGGAGGCUAUGGAGGAUGCGGCACAAAGUGAUGAUCAUCACACGAUUUCUGUGUGGAUUCCUCAUCCCUUUCAUGGUGAUUCUUAUCUGCUACAGCGUUGUCGCUGUCAAGCUGAAAAGAAGGCAGUUGGCCAACUCUGCAAAGCCCUACAGAAUCAUCAUUGCUGUCACAGUCUCRUUUUUCCUCUGUUAUUUCCCCUAUCACGUCUUCUCCUUGCUAGAAAUAUCCAAAAACUCUUCMAGCCAUGAGAUGAAACUGGCCCUUUACAUAGGAAUCCCCUUGGUUUCCAGCCUUGCUUUCUUCAACAGCUGCAUCAACCCUAUCCUGUAUGUCUUUGUGGGGCCGGAUUUCAAGGAGAAGUUUCGCCAGUCCAUCCUGUCGACCUUUGAAGGGGCCUUCAGCGAGGAGUCAGUCCUGGGCAGCCUGACCAGCCGGCGCAAAUCCAGGUCUGCUUCGGAAGUGGAGGUCCCGAGGGUCUGAGCAGGUGCUGGUGUGGAAGGGGUCGUUCUUUUCUUUGCAAUUUCCCUCAUGUUCACAGUUCAAAUCAUGGGACUGGGGACUGCAAAGGGCUGCGCAUGCUAACAAUGUGUGAUUUCGUGUUUUGGAGGUAUCUCAAAUAUGUUAUGAUUUAACACACAAUGGGAAUGGAAGAACUCUGGAGCUGCAGCAAGGUGGGUYAAAGUAGCAGCAUUUUACUCCUUUUGCCUUUUGACUCUUAUUUAUGCAUCUUUUAUAGAAAGAGGGUUACAUGCAAUGGCUGUAUGUAUUUUUGUAGGGAGUAGAGUGGUAAGACAUUCCUCUUUCCUCAGGCAAGAGAAAUCAGUGGUCGUGCUGGUGUUUUUCAGAUUUGAUGUACAGCAUAACUAUUUCUGAGCAAUGCUUGUCUCUGUGUUUUACAUGUUUCCAGCCCUUCAAUAGCAAAGAUCUGAUACUYUGUGCUGUUGGUGAAUGAAUAUUAACCCCCAAUAAACUUCUG